AUGAUGUUGAGCAAUCUAUUCACAAUGUUAAGCCUCAGUAGAUUGCACUUGCGGACACACGAUACCUACAAAUGCGAACCUUGCGAUGCAUAUUUUCAAGACAGCAAGGAUGCUAGAAAGGAUCUAGAACGACACAAGCAGACCAAAGCGCAUCGAAAAAAGCUUGGUCUAGACACUGGUUCCUCGCCGUUCGUGUGUCCGGUUGAGUGGUGCGCAAAGAGUAUGCCACGCAAGGACAAUAUGAAUCGGCAUAUCAGAUCUCAGCACCCUGGUCAUGGGUAA